AUGCCUUAUGCCUAUUUCAACCCACACAACAAUAUUGAUGCUAAUACUGCUUUCCAGAUGGCGUUCCAACCAACUCCGGCGGAUAUCUCUGUCCUUGUCUCCGCUCCGGCUUCUGGUCGAGGCGGAGAGGGAGAUCGCGGCUUCGUCAACGAGCGUCGCAUCACGCCCAGCUGGACUCUCUUCCAGCUCAAGGGCAAGCUGGAGACCAUGACUGGUGUGCCGCCGGGAAGCCAGCGCCUGCGCAUCAAAGUGCCUGGUCGGCCGGACCAGUGGGCUGAAGGAGACGAUCGGAUUGUCAGCGAGUGGGGGCUGGUGAAGGGGUCGGAGAUUGAGGUGGGUGAUUCUACUUCCAUGUGGUUAGGCACUUGGUCUGUUCACGACACCCGCCCUCAGGCAAUGCGCCCCAACUUCUCGGACUUGUCAUCUGUUGACAAAUAUGUCCUGCCCACAGAGACGUACGAGUCUCUCCCAAACUCAGUGCUUGCAUGGAAGAAGAACCAGAAACUUGGCCGCUUCGACCCCAGCACCGCCUCCCCCGAGGAGACCCUGCGAAACCAAGUUGAGAAAGACCAGGCGGAGCGGGUCAUCAUCCUGCCCUCUACGCCACCGCAUAUCCGUCGGGGUACCGUCCGCUUUGUGGGACGGGUGCCAACGAUUCCUAUCUCUGGGCUGCCUCGUGAGAUGGAACCUACGGAGGUACCUGCAGAGCUACGGCCGAUCUGGGUGGGCAUUGAGCUGGACGAACCGACUGGGAAAAACGAUGGCAGCGUGGGCGGCCAGCGCUACUUUGGCUGCGGCGAGAAAAGGGGUGUUUUUGUGAAGCCGGAGAAGGUCGAGGUAGGGGAUUUCCCUCCGUUGGGGUUGGAUGAUGAUCUAGAUGAAUUGAUGGAAGAGAUAUGA